GUUAGAAAUGCCCUAACAAGGUUGUUGGAGGAAUCAGUUUAGGGAACAUAUCAUUUCAACCAUCGACAUAUUGAGUUUUCUCCUCACCAAUGCAUGCAUAUCCAUCUAGAGAUACUUCAGAGUGGAUUGAUUAAUUAGCCGCCCUGUAUCUCGCUGCACUAAGUAAUCAGAGUCACCAAUGCAUGCAUAUCCAUCUAGAGAUAGAUACUCCAGAGAUGGAUUCAUCUGAGUCUAUUUAAGACACGACCUCUAAAUGAAGGACACACUCUCAACCGUCUUUCUGGCUUGAUUGAUCAUAGCCCUAGGAUAGAGAUCGGAGGCAUCAACCAUGUCUGUUUUAUAUGCUUGUAAGCUCUGCUUCCUCCUUGCUCUGCUGAAUUCGGCCAGCCACGCCGUCGCCGGCAAUGUGGCACCACCGACACUGAGCGCCGGAUUCAGUCUGCCUAUCGUGUCCAACCACAACACAGCCGGCGGGCUCGGGCAGUUUGACGCGAACCUCACGAGCAUAGGUCCGCACAUAGCACCCGUGGGGUGGCCCUUGUACGGCGUCCUUGUCGGCGUUGGCUCUGGCCAAACCCGGCACUUUUACAAGCUCGGGCUGGACCUCGUCGGCAAUCUGACGUGGAUGCAGUGCAAGCCCUGCGUGCCCGAGGUUCGGCAGGAGGGCGCCGUCUUCGACUCUGCUGAGUCCCCUCGCUACAAGCACAUGAAGCCCGCAGACCCCAAGUGUACGCCCCCCUACACCCCCUCCGGCCAGAACCGGUGCAGCUUCUACACCACCUCCUGGAACGCCGCCGCGCACGGCUACCUCGGCAGCGACACGUUUGCCUUCGCCGGCAGCCCCGGCGCAGGAGGACACAACAGGGACGUUGACAACCUCAUCUUGGGUUGCGCACACACGACGAACGGGUUCGAGCACCUGAACCACAACAUUCUCGCCGGGGUCCUGAGCUUGAGCAGGCACCCGACGUCGUUCAUGAGCCAGCUCACCGCACGCGGGCUGGCCGACUCACGGUUCUCAUAUUGUCUCUUCCCUGGACAGAGCCACCCCAACGCCAGGCACGGGUUCCUCCGCUUCGGCCGCGACAUCCCGAGGCACGACCACGCGCACAGCACGCCGCUGCUGUUCACUGGAUCGGGCUACAGCCAAAGUAGCAUGUACUACAUCCACGUCUUCAGCAUCAGCUUGAACGGGAAAAGGCUUAACGGGGUAAAGACGGCGAUGUUUAGGCGGGAUCCACAAACCCGUCGCGGGGGGUUCGUCGUCGACCCCGGGACUCCCCUGACCAGGCUGGCUCGCGCGGCGUAUGACGUCGUGGAGGCCGAGGUCGCGGCAAACAUGCACAAGCAGGGGGCGCGCCGCUCGACGGUGCCGGUGCAGGGGUACCGCCUCUGCUUUGGCUCGUGGGGCCACGCGCACCUCCCGAGCUUGACCGUGACCCUGUACGAAGACGCGACCAGGCUUUUUAUCAAGCCGGAACUGUUAUUCAUGAGGGUGAACCAUGAGCACCUGUGCUUCGCCGUCGUGCCGGACGAGGAGAUGACGGUGCUCGGCGCGGCGCAGCAGGUGGACACGCGGUUCACAUUUGACCUCCCGGGGAAUCGUCUCUACUUUGCCCAGGAGCAUUGUAGUGCUGACACUCGCCCAACUGUCUAGAUCCUAGAGAGUACUAUAUGUAUCUGCGCCAAAUGCAUUCAUCAUUAGUUGGUGCAUAAACCGAUGUGGGAACAAUUUAAGAAUAAUGGGUUACAUUCC